UUGCCGUGGGAACAAUUUAGUAAUCGUUCGUUGGGAAGGAAGGAAGGAAGGAAGGAAGGAUGUCGGAUCCCUACGAGAGAGUGAAAGGAGGCAGAUUGACCUUCAAGGACGGGACUCUGGCCACGCGCAGCAAAGCCAUCGACAAGAAAAAGAACAAGAAGAAGAAGAAGAAGCUCCUCAACAACCCUAACGUUGAGGGCGCCAUUGACUCAGGCUCAGCCGUUGAUUUGGAAGGCGACGAUGCAAUCGCAGCAGCAGAAGCAGCCGGAGCCGGAGCCGGAGCAGAAGAAGAAGAAGAGUCUUACUCUAUCGACGCGGCCAAGCGCAUGAAGUACGAUGAGCUCUUCCCCGUCGAAGCCAAGAAGUUCGGUUACGACCCCAAGGCUAUUCAACAAAAGUCCGUCGAGGCUGUCCUAGACGACCGUGUCAAGAAGAAGGCCGACCGCUACUGUAAAUAAUUUCAAUUCUUCUUCAGGAGCAUUAUAAUGCAGUGGAGUUGCUGAGUUUGUAGACUCUUGUCUGGAGACUGUAAUCCAGAAUCAGCUAAACUCUCUUUGUUCCAUUUAAGCUGUAUCCAGCACAAGAGGAUCCUUAUCCAAAUUAAGACUCCAGCUAAGAAAGAAGGAAAAGAAAAAAAAAAUCUGUAGUUCUCAGACUUUAUUGUUGUUGAUUUGAAGCUUUUGGUAUCUUUAGCUUGUCAUAUUGGUCACUCCCUACAUUCAUAACCGGCAUCCCUUAGCUUUAGGAAAGAUUACAGGAUUUACAGCUUGCAUUGUACUUGCACGUGGCCAAUUCUGAAUCUAUUUGCGAUUAUUCUCAUCCUGAUCUUUCUUGUUAA